AGGUCCAGCGUGCUGCACAUUGCGGCGGAGCUGAGCGCCGGGGCAGGUAUGAAGCGGCCACUGAGCCCCUCCCCGCCAACGGAGCCGGACCCUCCGGGGGGACCCGCUCCCCCGGGGAGUGCAGAGUGCCCCCCCGGGCCUCCCGAGCCCCCCCGGGCCAAGAGGGAGAGGAAGCGCCCCACCUACACCCUCUGCGACCUCUGCAACGUCCAGCUGAACUCGGCCGCCCAGGCCCAGACCCACUACAGCGGCAAGGCCCACCUGAAGCGACUCCGGCAGCAGCGCAGGGCCAGCAGGGCCCCUCUCGGUCAAGCGUCGCUCUGCGCUCCGGGACCGAGCCGGGCCGAACCGAACCGGGCCAACAUGCUCCGGAAACCUCCGGAGAGGAACCUCUCCAGCCCUGACCCCGAGACCCCCGCCCCAAAACACCGCUCUCGGCUCGCCAGAUGGUGA